AUGUACACUAUAGAUCCAGUAAAACAACUCUUUCUAGACCUACCGCGGCCUGAGGAAUAUGAAGCCGAGCUAACAGAUGCGGACGAACUUGACAGAGUUUGCUACAAGGCUCUUGUCACAUUUCUUCAGCGAUCUCAGAUCCACGGUUCUCUGCAUCCGGAAUUCAGGAAAAUCUGUAAAAUAGCUUACAGGGCCGCAGUGCUUAAAUACUUCAAUUACUUCGAUGAACAGCUCGGUGGGCUCGCAUUCAUCCAGCCUGAGGUUUUAAGAGGUGAUGGCACGACGCAAAACUAUUUCCGUUACUGUCACUGGAAGCUCUUAGGGAGGAAGAACCGCGUCGAUGCUUCACUCCCCGACGGUCGAGAUCAGCUUAUGAGUCCCUGGAAGGCUGCACCAACUGAGGAAAGGAGCCUGGUGGCAAGGGCUUUGUCUAUAUUUUAUCUGAUCGCUGUUUCGUUCAUGGCCGCCACCUAUCCCCACGAAAUUUUGUCCAUUCGUGAGACACCAGGCAUGGUCAUCGCUACCCAAGGAGAGUGGAGAUCAGGACCAGGCGACUUGCGUUGCUUCUCUGAUACUUUUUCGCGGGUUGCCAUUGCAGGUUUAUCCAAAUAUGCAAAGAAGGCAAUGGUGACAUACGGUAGAUGUGUCGACGUGCUGACGGUACUCAAACCUCUCUUUGACCUACUUCUCGGGCCUUUCUUCGAGGGUGUAGAAGAGGUCGAGUUUGUGCCGAAAGCCAUCGACCGUCCAGUCAAGAUCAUCUGGCCACACGACACCAUAUACAACUCCUACCGCACCCACCUUGUCGUCCGAACAACUACGCAUUCCGGCCACAGGGUCGCCAUAGAUCCCACCGGAUCACAAUUCGGCUGGUCAGAGGUGAUUACGCCAUAG